AUGAACACACAGACGACACAAAUUCCUAAAACUUCACGCAUAGGGAUAGUUGGGGCUGGUCCGGCGGGCGUAUCGUUCGCAUAUUUUCUGCGCAAGCAGGGAUUUAACAACAUCACUCUCCUUGAGUCCGCUCCCCACAUCUCUGGCAAAAGUUCUUCAUUUGAAGUGGGAGGGCGUGGGUAUGACGUUGGGGCCUUGAUGGUUGGGACGAAUUACCAUCAUAUUCAUUCGCUCGCUUCGGCGUUAUCUUGCCCCCUCGAGCCGUUUAAAGGGCGGGCACUAGACAUCGAUAAUGGACGCCUCAUACAUGAGGACACGUCUAUGAUUUGUAUAUACCAGCAGUUGCUCCCUCAUAUCAAUCAUUAUUUGGGAGAACGUUCCCACACCCAAGAAAUCUCAAAUCCUGGACACGGGACCCUGAGUGAAGAACAACUCUUUCCGCCGAUCGGGCAGUACCUUAAAGGGAAACAAAUGGAGUAUAUGCGAGACGCAUGGGCUCUUGCAUUCACCUCAGCAGGCUACGGAUAUAUUGACAGCGACAUUCCGGCGGCAUACUUUCUCAAGUUUGUCGAGCGCUCGGAAAAUAAAAUAAGCUAUUUUCCUAACGGCUUUUGUAAGCUGUGGGAGAAGAUGGUGGAAGGGAUCAACGUGAUAACACGGGCGCACGUGACUAAGGUUGAUCGCUCACUGGCGAGAGCUGGUGUGGGUCCAAUCUUGGUUACUUAUGAAUCUAAACAUCAACAAACCCUUGCCUUUGACUACAUUGUGGUCGCUACUAAUCCACGGCAAGCGGAACCGUUCCUGGAUACUACGGCUGAGGAGGCAACACUAUUCAAACAAGUAAUCUAUUUCGAUUACUAUACAAUCAUUGCAACCGUCGAGGGUUUAUCCACAAAGCAAGGCCUUACGACUAUACCAAAAUACUGUCAAGACAAGAGUUAUGUCGGACAUAUUACCGCAUUUUACUGUGCCUACGAGGGCGUUCCGACAUAUAGCUUUUAUGCUUAUGGUAACACCGAAAUCACCCAGGAGAAGGUGAUCGAAUACUUCCGCGAGGAUAUCGAGAAGAUGGGUGGAUCUAUUAAAGAAAUCCAUUACAGCAAGCACUGGGACUUCUUCCCACACGGUAAGCUGGUUGCGCUAUCUCCGUUAACAGAAUAUGUGACAUUGAAAAUCUCAUUCGUCUUAUCCCUAAUAGUUAAUUCGUUAAGUAUGGCGCGGGGCUUUUACAGCAAGGCAGAGGACCUCCAAGGCCAGCAUAAUACCUUUUAUACCAGUGGUUGGCUCGAUCUCGAGCUGACCGAGAGCUGUGUCUCUUACAGCAAAGACUUGGUUACUCGAUUUUUCUCCGAUACUCCUAAUGAAUCCCAACAUCUGCCGGUCUCCCCCCCGGUUGAAGUCAAACCACCGUCGCUAAUGAACUUGGGACUUGCACUCAAGUUGGCUGCUGAGAAAUAUCCUGACAAGGUGGCCUUCACUUGGGUCGAUGCGAAUUUAAAAGAAGAAAUGCAGUUUACGUUUGCUCGGCUUUACCGUCAGGCAAGAUCGGUAGCCCAGUUUCUUGUCACAAAAGGACACAAGAAGGGUGACCGAGUACUGUUAUGUUAUGCCCCGGGCCUUAAAUUCCUCCCCAUUCUCUUCGGCUGCUUCAUGUGUGGUGUAAUCGCCGUCCCCGUUGCUCCUCCAAACCUUUCGACCGCACAGAAAGACAUUGCCCGGUUCACCUAUUUGACAAAUACAACAGGUGCCAGGAUCUGCUUCAGCGACAAAGACUACUUACAGUAUACGAGGUUUUACGCCUCGAAGGCCCUGGUAGGGUUUGUCGAUAAGAUUAAGUGGCCAGAAGGUCUCACGUGGAUCGAAGGGGAAACGAUAUCUCCGAAAGCUCUCUAUGAAGAGCGAUUAAUAGCCGAAAUUGAUCCUAAUGAUGUCGCUGUAUUGCAAUUCUCCUCUGGAAGCACCGGCGAUCCGAAGGGUGUUAUGCUCACACAUAAAAAUCUUCUGCACAAUGUCGAUCUCAUGCAAGCAGAAACGGGAAUAAAUGCAGAUUCCAUUUUUGCGUUCUGGGUCCCGCAGUUCCACGAUCUUGGCCUCAUUGGAGGAUUCCUCAAUACGGUGAGAGCUGCCUCUCGCUCAAUUGUCAUGUCGCCGCUCACAUUCUUACAGCGGCCCGAAGUGUGGCUACAAAUGAUCUCGAAGUACCAAGCAAACUUUACGGCAGCGCCAAAUUUCGCCUAUGAACUCGCAGCAAGGAAGUGUUCGGACAAGACGCUAGCAUCGCUGGACUUGAGUUGUCUUAUUGGUGCUUUUAAUGGGGCGGAACCAGUACGCUGGUCAACUCUGCACACCUUCUCGAAAAAAUUCGAAGGUGUCGGCUUUAAUCUUGCUGCAUUCAAAUGUCUAUAUGGAUUAGCUGAGCACUGUGCUUAUACAGUAGGAUUUCGGAAUACCCACAGCGUACCAACCGUUAUCGACGUUGAUCCUCAUGAUCUUCUCGCAGGGCGUGUGACAAUUCGGUCGAACCCUUCAAUGCCGAAUAGAAUAGUCGCCACGGGCGUCCCCAAUACGGCGAUGCAGGUCGAAGUGAGGAUAGUAGACCCAAAUACUAGGCUAUUGUGUCCGCCGAACGUAGUAGGCGAAGUUUGGCUAUCGAGUCCAAGUGUAGGCGAGGGAUAUUAUGGGAGGGAGGAGUUGUCCGAGGAAGUUUUUCGGGCUAAACUGGAUCAUGAUGAUGACCAGGAUCGGGGUUGUUUUCUUCGAACGGGGGAUCUUGGCUUUAUGUACAAAGGUCAAUUGUACAUAACGGGGAGGCUCAAAGAUGUGAUCAUAAUAAAUGGGAAAAACCAUUAUCCCCAGGAUAUCGAGCUCACUGUGCAGCAGUGUCACUCUCUGAUAAAACCGGGUUGUGUGGCCGCUCUUCACCAUCAUGAUCCAUCUCGGGGAACCGAUGCGCUAAUCAUCCUUGCGGAAAUAAGGGAUGACAAAGUUGAACUCGGGGCAAUAGUUAAUGAAAUCAGUCGCAUGGUUCCCGCGAACCACGGGUUACCAGCCGAAAGGGUUGCCUUGUUAAGGCCCCAUAGUAUCCCUAAAACGACGAGCGGCAAAUUGCAAAGAGGGCGAGCGAAAGCCAUGUUAAUGGCCGGCGAGCUCGAUAAAAAAAUACUUCUUAGUGAUGGGGACUUGAAGGAGAAGACCAAACCCGACGCAUUAGUAACCGUUGCAGUUACGUUAACGCUUGAAGAGAUUACACGUACCAUAACGCAGAGAGUGCAAAAGCUCUCUAAGCUCGUUCCGCAAACCUCUGACAUCGAUGAAAACGCUAAUCUGAUUACGAAGUACGGCUUUGAUUCGCUCGCAGCGGUUCAAUUGACUUCAUCUUUGAAGAAUGAUUUCAAAGUUGAAAUACCUCCAUCGCUGCUCUACGAUGUCCCGUCAAUCUCGGGUCUCGCCAAGCACGUUGCUACACUACUCCCGUCCCCGUCUGCUGUCCAGAAAUCAGAGUCUAUCGAUAGGGUGAUUGCAACUUCGCCUUCUUCACCAACAUUUGCUCCUCAACCAUCAGUUUCACUCCCCGAAAUCGAAACCACGAUAAUUGGCCAUGUUCACAAAAUUUCCCGUGUGGCCUCAAAAAUUCCCGUUGACGAAAUCGAUCCGAAGGCAAACAUUAUUACUGAUUAUGGAUUUGAUUCCUUGUCAGCGGUUCAGUUGACUGCAUUGAUAAGGGAAAGCUUUCAGGUGGAGGUAGCUCCUGCCGUUCUCUAUGAUAUAUACACAGUUGGGGGUCUUGCCGAGCAUGUAUACAAGCUGAUAGCGAGUCAGUCGCCUACUCUUGGUCGAGGAAGGAGAAAAGAAAUAAUACAAGACCAUGAAGUGUUGACACCGGAAACUACUCCUCUGCUUGUUCCACUUGCACCGAGGAACGUUUCGAACAAAAACAAUCCCGCCUUAUUCUGCAUUCACCCGCUUUUGGGAAAUGUAGCAGCGUAUGUCCACAUAUCUCGCCUUCUAGGUAUUAAUCGGCCGGUUUAUGGCAUCCAAUCACCGGCCCAAUUUCCCCCCUCUGUAACAACUCUCGCAAAACGAUAUGCCGAUUUAAUCCAGCGGGAACAACCUUCUGGGCCAUACUAUCUAUGCGGCUACAGCUAUGGCGGUCUAAUUGCAUGGGAAAUAGCCAAGCAAUUGGCUUCUUUCGGUGAGAAAGUAGGAGGAUUAUUCUUAGUCGAUGCCCCCAGCCCCCUUGCUCAAACUGUCAAGGAACCCAUCGGUGAGGAUAAGGAGGCCCACCUAGUGUGGGAGGAGGAGAUUGAACAAUUACUUUCUGAUGCGGACAGUCAAUGGAUGAUGCGCAAACGAGCAAGCGAUCCCUCACAGAUCAACGACCUGAAGCGGUUGGUCGGAAAGCACAUCCAAGCGAUGUACGCCCAUAAGGAGGAUAUUACGACACUAUCUGCGGUGCAACCAUUCCCCGUGCACUAUUGGAGGUGCAAGGAUCUUUCCAAAACCUCAACGCUUCUUCUUGAUCAUCCAUUCUUCCAUGACCCCCAUUGGGGUUGGCGACGAUACAAAGGAAGCAUCACUUUUUAUAAUACCAUCCCUGGUGACCACUACACGGUCCUAACAGAAAACAAUUGCGGUCGACUAGGCCGUGAACUUGACAGAGCUCUGCCAAAGUAUAAUAGACGAACCAGUGCAGAAUUGCGUCCUUUGAUGCUCGAGAAGAUUGCGGGCAAGGAUCGACCACUAUCUUCAUACAGCCCUCGGUUCAAGAGCAAAAAUUCAAAUAAGAUUAACCAAUUUAUUGGCGUUUUUAACGCACAAAUACCCUUAUACUAUGUUAUCGCGAUCACUAUUGCGAUUUCGUAUACUAUGCAGAGAAUUACCACGAUAGUAAUAUGA